AUGCUGCCGGUUGCCGAGCAACCUGGCACUGGCCUGAUGCUGCUCCCGGGCCGGGACCGGCCUGUGGAUCCUGCCGCACGCCAGGAAUUGAUCGAGCUCAUCUCCUCGAGUGCUUUCUUCUGCAGAGGCUACUGCGUCUGGAAAGGACAUCAUUAUUUCAACACUGACGGGACAUCAAUAAGGCCGGUCUCUGCAGGGGUGUCCCAGGCACUGGACAGCCCGAAGAAGCAGUACACUCGGGAUGAUGCUGUCAGCAACGGGCUAACGGGUCCUGCCAGCAGCUCGCCUCCAUCUAAUCACAAAACCACUUCUGAAGUAACGCGCCUUAACCCCCGCGACAAUCAGUCAGAACUGAAGCGUUGGCCCUGUAAACUGACGCAAACCGUCCUGCAGACUUUCCUUCUGCUCGCCCGCUGUGACCAGCUGCGUCUCACGCACCCAGCAGCAAACUCCAGGCUGCGGGAAGAGCCGCUGCAGCCGCUGCAGAGGGAGGAGAGGCCGGGAGAGCUCCGCCAGCAGCAGCGCAAACACCAGCCCCAGGGCCAGCAGACCGCAAAGGCCCCGCAGAUCCCAUCCCAGACGAGGGUAUCUGAAUGCAGAAAGUCUGACCUGGACCCGGGGACGAAUCGACGAUGUUUCUUCCUUGCCUGCAUCCGUUACCCCCUUCCCUCGGCCGCUGUAAGUGCGCGGGAAUCAGGACGCUGCGCCUGGAGCACGGACCCGUCGCAGGGUCGAGAUAAAAUUGUGCCUGUGCCUUGUUCCGCCGUCAGCCAGAUGGAUGGGGAAUGGGCUGGGCAGAGCGAGCUGGGACUGCUCGAUCUGGCUGAGCCCGUGGGCAUUGACAAGCGUUGGUACUCCCAGUCCUCCGCCAGGUUGGAGGCUGGCCAUGAACACGUCUUGCCCAUUGACUAUUACUUUCCACCUCAGAAGACUUGCCUGAUCUGCGGAGAUGAAGCAUCUGGGUGCCACUAUGGAGCCCUCACUUGUGGCAGCUGCAAAGUCUUCUUCAAACGGGCGGCUGAAGGUAAACAGAAGUACCUCUGCGCCAGCCGGAACGACUGCACCAUCGACAAGUUCAGAAGGAAAAACUGCCCGUCCUGCCGCCUGCGGAAGUGCUACGAAGCUGGGAUGACUCUGGGAGCCCGCAAGCUGAAGAAGCUGGGUAACCUGAAGACACAGGAUGAGGCAGAGGCAGCCAGCUCAUGCAGCCCCUCAGAGGAGCAGGCUUCCAAGAUGGUGAUGACACACAUCAACGGGUACGAGUGCCAGCCCAUCUUCCUCAACGUCCUGGAGGCCAUUGAGCCUGGUGUGGUGUGUGCUGGCCACGACAACAGCCAGCCAGACUCCUUCUCCAACCUGCUGAGCAGCCUGAACGAGCUGGGAGAGAGGCAGCUGGUCUACGUGGUCAAAUGGGCAAAGGCCCUGCCAGGAUUUCGCAACCUGCAUGUGGAUGACCAGAUGUCAAUAAUCCAGUAUUCUUGGAUGGGCCUCAUGGUUUUUGCUAUGGGCUGGAGAUCUUUCACCAACGUCAACUCCAGGAUGCUUUACUUCGCUCCAGAUUUGGUCUUCAAUGAGUACCGGAUGCACAAGUCCCGAAUGUACAGCCAGUGUAUCAGGAUGCGGCAUCUCUCGCAGGAGUUCGGGUGGCUUCAGAUCACGCCCCAGGAGUUCCUCUGCAUGAAGGCUCUACUCUUCUUCAGUAUUAGUAAGUGCUCACGUCUUUCCUCAAUUGCCAAGGAUCUGCAUCAGUUUACAUUUGACCUCUUAAUUAAGGCCCAUAUGGUGAGCGUGGACUACCCUGAAAUGAUGGCCGAGAUCAUCUCUGUGCAGGUUCCCAAGAUCCUGUCUGGAAAAGUCAAGCCUAUCUACUUCCACCCACAGUGAUCUUCCCGAGGGAGCCCCCGGUUCCGCCGCCCCGUUCCAGCCAUCUCCCGUCUGUCACUUCUGCACUACUGCACUGCAGUGCCUUGGGGAAUCCCCCCCGCAGAGGCCACGGACAGUUCCGAACCACGACCUGCUGGGAUCUCUGAUGUUUUUCUUUUUCCCGAGGUACCGCUGAACUGAACUACCUGCCCCGGCUCCUGCCCAGACACGCUGUGCUGGGGCAGGGGAUGGCGGCCUGGUGGCAGCGGCACCGUGUCUAUGCUUUCUUCUUUGUGUGUUUGCCACAGUGGCUUUUAGUGGCCCAGGGCCACGGGAGAUCGGGAGAAACGCCCGCAGUUGUUGGGUUUGGGUACUUUUUUUAAAACCAGAACAAGACAAGAAGCUGGUCGAACCUCUCAGUUUGGGUGUGGGUUACUUUAGUCCUUUGGGACUUUUUAUUUGCAUUACGGUGCUGGGAAGCAGAUGAGUUAAAAUACAGCAGUAGAGAAACAGAGAAGAGUUGUGGAGACGAGAUGAACUUGCAGCCUGAUGGAUUUCCAGGACCUGCUGCUGGGUCAGAAAGCUGCCGCGCAGCCGUGGAGGGCUCUGCCCCCGCCAGCACCCUCCUGCCGCCGGCCCCGGUGGAGCGCUGCGGGGCUGUCGUGGAAGGGCUGCCGAGGAAGACGCCCUUCGGGAGGCCCCAAGGAGGGCAGAGAGCGACUGGUUUCCACCUGGGAUGAUUUUCCUGCAGCUGGUGAGGCUGGUCUCGGUCUGGCCAGGCGCUCAGCAGCCACAGUCCCAUCCUGCUGCUCCCACACAGCCGUACCCACGAACCCACCUCCGCAAGUGCCUGACGUCCUCCGACCUGACGCUCUCCCUCCUCCCGCGGGCACCCCAAGGCCCUGCCCGGCCCCUCACCACCUCUGCUCUGUGUCCGCAGACCCCGGGUUUCCAGCUACACGACUUAUUUUCUGUUUGUCCCAACUGUUCUUUCUGAAGCCACCAAGACUGCCUGGCCGGACGCAGUGGGGGCUGUGACGUGGUCUGGCUUUACCCGCACGGGUGGCUACAAGGGCUCCUUGUGCCGGCGAGUCCGUGCCCUGCCGCACGCCGUUCAUUGACCGGGGGGGGGGUUUGCCACCACGGGACGGAGCGGGGUUUGUGGUGGAGCUGUGCCCCCCAGGGCUCUGAGCCCCCCAGGGCUCUGUCACAGUCCUCGGGCACAGAGAUGCCCCAAGCAUGAAGCAGAUGCCGGAGCGUGGAGCGGUGAACCCGGCCGUCAGGUGCCUCACACCGCGCCGUGUUCCCCCGUGUGCCACCCGCUACCGUCCGAUGUCUGAAGGGGAAGGGGAGGGUGAGGCGGUCCGUGUCGUGUGGGAAGGGCUGCUCGUGCUUCUGCUGCUUCUGCUGCUCGUGCUUCUGCUGCCUGGACGGUUCACGAGUUGAGCGUCACCGUCAGCUCGCCGGGCAGGUGCCCUCGUGGUCCAUCUGGGUUCUCUGCAAGCUUGCAGGAACAGAAACACUUAAUUUUCCUGAUGCUGAGAAGUAUUCUCAUUAAGGGAAUUUGCAUUAAGGGUAUUGUCAUUCAUUUUCAUGAAGGGAAGGGGUAGGGAACAAAAAACCCCAACUAUUGAAGAGGGGGAUGUUUCUUUACAGCGGUUUGUAAUGGGUUUUCCUCCCCUGCUAGAUGGGGCUCUGCUCACGCUCAUCCUCCUGAAAUCCCCUCUCGUAGGUGGCAACAGAGUCCGCAGGCGACCUCCCUGCCCGCCAGCCAGCAGGACGGUGUUCUCAGAGGCCUUUCCUAUUGCAGAGGGCUGCACGCAUUUUGACUGUUGAUAUGAUCGACUAAUACUUGCAAAUGAACCAGUAAAAAGGUCCCGCUGGUGCAUUUCCUCUCUUCCUGACCAUUUUCUGGCUAUUUUCGGGAGGCUGCAACAGGCAGCUGGGGGUAACACUCUGAUCUCUGUCAUCAACAGGAGGGUGUUUAUCGGCAAUGUGCAGAGCUUCGUGCUUCCCACAGCCUCGUGUCACUGAGGUUUUCAUUAGUUAAUGAGCACGGAGGUAUCCUGCUGGGAACUUCUGCCAGGAGAUGGGGAGGAAAUCAGGCUGGAUAGGGAUCUGCUGGUGGAGGCUCGCCUGGAUGAAGGCCGGUUUGGAAGGGGGUGCUGCCUGUGGGGCGAGCCGCCGGCGCCUGGUGCCUCCCCGACGGCUGCCGGAGCUCAUGGCAAGUCCCGCAGCCUCGGGGCAGGGGAACAGCCCUUUUUUACACAAAAACUCCCUUGUUAUGAUGUUAUUAGAGGGGUGACUGGAGGAUGUGGGACCCAGUAGCACCUGUGUGUGUAUUUGCUGGCAGGGAGUUCACACUGUUCCUGGUUUAUUUUCAUGGCUGCUGCAGGAACUGGGGAAAAAAGAGGCUUAAGAAAUACCGAAGUCCAGGUCCUGCCAUACAGCUUUGUCCUUUUCUGUGUUUUCUUGUCUCCUUUUGCUUUACUAAAGCAAAGAGGAUUUCCCCAUGUUCACAAUCCUGUGGAAGCUGUCCCGUCCCUGAGGCUUUCCUGGAGACGGCUGAGCCCUGGGAGAGGGGAUGCCCCCGGCGUCGGUGACCUGCAGUGCCCCGUCCCCCCGCUGCCUCAUGGGCUCUGCUUUGUCUUCUCGGGGGGUGUGUGGGCUUUUGUGCCACCUUGGCCCACCUUGGCCCAUCUCCCAGCCGGGUCCUGGCAGCCCCGUCCGCACUCAGCAGGGAGCCUCGAUUAGCAAGAGCGGGAGCUGCUCGGAGAGACGGGGUGAACGGUUCUGGAGAGCCUGGCAGCAUCAGCGCUGUUCCCCCAGAACGCCCAAAGGGCCUCUGUGCUUGGCCCCAGGCAAAGCGGGGUUAAGCCGCGAGCAUCGCGCAGGCGAGGUCGAUGCCGAGCAUGAGGAAGGCAUUGGCCCCUCCUGUUGCUGAAGAUACCUGUUUAAUGCUCUGAGAGAGUUUCUUUUCUAGUUGCACACAGUGCAACUAAAUAUUCUUUGGGAGAUGUGUCAGUAUAUGCCAAUAUUAACAGCAAUUUUCAAUAUAAUAAUUUUUUCUGGUUAGGUACUGCUGUUUUCAGAGGUCCGUCCUUUGAGCAUGAGCAGAGCGCCCGCUGGCACACCCUGGUGUCGGUAUCAACUUCUUCAGCUUUCUUGUAGCUGAGUCUGGUUAGACAGGGAUAGUGUUUGCACUUGGGGGGUGACAGAGUGUCCUUUAUUUCUGCCCUCUUCGACUGCACGAAGUGUCCUUGCACUUUAGGGCAGAAUCCUGGAAUUACACCGUGGUAGCUUUUCUCUAACUGUUCCAAAGUAGACUUUCAGAGGCACAGAAAUUACCGUAACGCCUGGCUGAGUCGUGCUCUGCCCCAUCCCGUCCCGGUGCCUGUUCUCAGGCGAUGCGGCGCCUGGACGUGGUGGAUGGAAACCCGCUGCGGGGCUGGGCACGGCCCCGCUGCAGGGGGGGGCUCCAGCCUGGCCGGGGGGGUCGGCGUGGGAUGGGGGGGCAGCGGUGUGGGCUGCAGCCCCCCGCGCCCCCCUGCGCUCACUCACCUGGAGGCACUUGUGCUCCGUUCCCUUUUCAAGUGGUGGGGAACCUGCCCGUGGGGUUCAAGAAGUGAAGAACACCUGAAACCACAGCACGUUUGUAAUAAGCCGCUCUCUGUGCCGGGUGUUUUGUGUUCUGUGGCAAUUCAGCGCUGGUUUUAUUUGUUACCAUGUCUCUGUAAUAAAGAGUUCUCUAUAUUGAUAUAUAUUCUUUUCUUUGUAAUAAGCCAAAAAGCUCAUUGCUGGUGCCUUUUUCCCGGGGCGGACCCCGAGCCCGCAGCCGUGUUCCCCGCAGUACGGAAGCAGAAUGUCCCUGCCACUGCUGGUUUCGCAGCAGCUGGGCGGGGUGGGGAAGCAGAGGCGCAGGCUGACCCCAGAAGAGCACAGGCGCCUGCAGGCGGGGCAGGAGGACGUUCAGGUACAACGACGUGGUCCUUGGCGAGGGCCAAGCUUUCCUCUUCCUGCGCCCAACACGGGAAGGGCCUUUGCCCGCGCUCGGGCUGCUGCUCCGCCAACUUCAUCCUGCGCAGGGGGAGCGGACACGUGCCGCGUCGCGAGGGCUGCGGCUGCGUUGCGGUUGCAGUGCUGCUGCCUCAGCCCCCUUCAGGCGCGGCAGCGUUCUCCCCCAGUUAAUAGCUCCUGAGGGUGGAUUCUGCUUCUAGAGAAGGACGUUAGUUGGAUUGUUGCCACUGCUCCUUCUUUUACAAAAAUUGGAACUGGCUACAUUGGGUAAGGAAAAUAAGAGACCUACAACGUCACAAGAUCACGGAGAGUGGAGAGCGGCGACGCCGGCUGCCUUGGCCAGCGAGACGCGGUGGAGGGUGCCCAGGAGACCACCACCGCUCAGAAGUCACCGUGCGGGACUGAAGGACACUUUACUGUCGUAACCAAAAAGAGGAGCCUGUCUGGCAUCCGGGAUAAAGACAAAGCCAAUUACACUCCAUGAGGGGAAAUCAGAAUACUCCCUUUCUGCCUGUUUUAGUCUGUGCUUGGGUCCCACGCAAGCCCUCAGCCUGUGCCGUGCCACAGGGCAGACCUUCACGCUUGGUGUUCAGCUCUUUUUGUAAUCUUAAAAUCUGUUGUUGUUCUAAGUACAAUAAAGGCAGACUCUUGUUUGUUGGAACGCUGCUCUGUGCGUGUAUUUGGCUUUUGUUUCAGUUAUCUGCAUGAAAAAUGUUAUCCAGUGUGACGAGUAUUAGCUAUUGACGAUGCCAGGAGUAAGUGGGUCAUUUUUCAGUGGAUGAGGCUGCAUGUUGGGUCAUUCGUAGGCUGUUUUUCACAGUAGGAUUUUGCUAUUAAUCACGUCUGAACUGUUAAUUCAUUUACACAUCAAUUGACUAAUCCUUUCAUAUAUGCCUCCUUGGGUCUUUUAAAUUGAAUUUCAUUUGAUUAAUGUAUUUCUCAAAGCAAGGAGCUAAUAAAGGCCAG